AUGAACACAAUGGUGGUCACUAUGGCAAGCAUAAAUAUCCCGGUGGGCUCAUCUCCUAUCGGCCCUGUCGUCCCCGAGUUUGCAAGUGUUGCACGCAGUCACGGAGUCGAUCAAGCCAUUGUCAGAGAAUAUGUAUUUCUGGUUGAAGGAUAUAUCAAGUCAUGCUAUGACAAACCUGUCAGAAUGCUUGAACUUGGAAUGGGUUGCCGCCGGACCCAGGUAAUCAAAGACUUGUAUACAACAUGGCAAGACUAUCUGCCUGAAAACUUUGACUUACUCGCGGCUGAGACACAACCGGUUUGUACGGACUUGACGACAGACGGCCAGCUCAAAAGUAAUACGACAGACCCGACAGACUAUGUCUACUUUUGGGAGGCGACAGCUGCUUCUCAUCUUCUCCCCCCAAGCGACGGCUCCUACUUCCGCAUCGAUGCAGUUCAGUUGUCAGGACAGUUUGACAUCAUCAUGGACAGCGGCUUCCACACGCUGCAAAGACAACUCGAAGCCUUUGAGAAGUUCUAG